GAUGAUGUGACAAAUGAUUAAAUAAAUCUUAAAAUGAGAAAGCGGAUCUAGUUUUCGUCAAAAUCACGAGAGUACAUGUGCCACGUCAGCAGUCUCAAUGAGGAUUUAUUUGAUUGCUCGUACAAAGGAGGAACCUCUCUCUCUCUCACACUCGCACUCUCUCUUUUAAGUCAACCAUCGUUUUCUCCAGAUCCGGCGGAGCCAUUAUCUUCACAGGGAUUAUUACUAUGUCAGGAACGAGUUCAGGGAGCUUGUGGUUGGCAGCGAACCCGAGCAAGAGAUGGGGAGAGCUCUUCUUCCUCUUCUACACUCCUUUCUGGCUCACUCUCUCCUUGGGCAUCGUUGUUCCUUACAAGCUCUACGAGACAUUCACGGAGCUGGAGUAUCUGCUUCUCGCCUUGGUUUCAGCUCUUCCCGCUUUCCUCAUACCCAUGUUACUUGUUGGAAAGGCCGACAGAAGCUUACCCUGGAAGGACCGUUAUUGGGUUAAGGCGAAUCUCUGGAUAAUUAUUUUCAGCUAUGUGGGAAACUACUUCUGGACUCACUAUUUCUUUCAAGUUCUUGGAGCCUCCUAUACAUUCCCGUCCUGGAAAAUGAAUAACGUGCCUCACACAACAUUCUUCAUGACGCAUGCUUGCUUCCUCUUUUACCACGUUGCGUCCAACAUCACUCUCCGAAGGCUACGACAUUCCAUUGCUGGUUUACCAGAUUCUCUUAGAUGGUCUUUUGAGGCUGCUUGGAUUCUGGCGCUUUCUUAUUUCAUUGCUUACCUGGAGACUGUUGCUAUUGCCAAUUUUCCUUACUAUGAGUUUGUGGACCGAAGUGCCAUGUACAAAGUUGGAUGUUUGUUCUAUGCCAUCUACUUCAUUGUCAGCUUCCCAAUGUUCUUCAGGAUGGGAGAGAAACCAAGCGAUGAGUGGGACUUGUCACGUGUGGCUGUUGAUGCUUUAGGUGCUGCUAUGUUGGUAACGAUCAUUCUUGAUCUGUGGCGUCUCUUCUUGGGACCUAUAGUUCCCCUACCGGAGGGACAAAACUGCCUUCAGUCUGGUUUACCAUGGUUCUCCCGGUGAAUGGUAAUUCAUGGCUGCUUCGACCAAGUCAUGGACCGAUAGAGAAACCUGAGAAAGAGUUUCCGUAAACACUUUACGGAAAGAAAUUAAUGCGAGGUUUUUUGGUAAUGUUUCUGAGGUUUUUCUUAUUCCUUUUGACUGCUUGCCUUUGUUAUAUUUUUCUUCAGCUUUCUUUGUUAUAUUUUGGUUACGAAACCUUGAAGUUAUCAUAUUUAACCGAACAGAAUGGAAGUUUUUGUUGUUGUUGUGAAAUCAAUUUAUUGGUUCAUAACUGGUGAAGUAUCAUCGCAUGAAGCAGCUAAGGGCUUUUCUUACUAUAACCAAAUCAUAAUUUCACAUCAACUUUUUCGUAGAAGAUGUAUUUGGUUGACAUUGAGAAGACAUACAAGAUCUUUGGACAUAAACAUUCAUCAAAACACCUACUUUUUGCCUUUUUACGGUUACAGUCUUUUGUCUGUAUUUUAAGUUGAAACCACUAUAGAUAUUCCACUGUAAACACGUUAAGAGAGUAUAUAUUUUUUUCACUACUUUGAAUUUGUGUGAUUGUUCCUUCUUGCAAGGAUCCCUCAUAGGACUUGUGGCUGCGACAGUCGUAUCAUUUGGGUGUUCUUGAGUCAAGAAUUAGAAAUGAAAAUAGUGCGUGUGAUAAUGGAGCAACUGAAAGUUAACUAGUAAGUAGUGCUAGUGAUGGGGUUUGUUCUGUCUUCAAGGCCCAUCAAAUAAUGAUCUUGGUUCUGUGUCAACGUAAACCGGUUUAGAAAAAAAAGUUGGUUGAAAGUAAAAGGAAAAGACCUAGCCGGUUUUUCUUUAUAAAUAGAGAGGAAGUCCCUACUUUUUUUUUUUGGACAUCACGAAGUCCCUACAGGAUGCGCAUUCACAAACAACAAGGUUAUGGUUUAUAUAGAUCAUAACUCUUAAAGUUAUUUUUAUCACUCCUUUGGCCGAUUUCGGUUAUAUUUUCCUUGUAAACGUUCACGAUUUUUGCAAUAAACGUUUUCAAAUAACUCACCAUCGAAUUUGUAAUCUUUAUCUAAGUACGCUAAAUUUAGAUUUAAGUAUUUAACUAUUGCUGCUGUCUGUAAGAAAUUAGAAGAAAACGACAAGAAGAUCUACGAUGACGUUACAUACCUCAAGGAGAUAACACUAAACAAACGAAAGUUGAUCCUCCUAUGAUAGUGCAUCUGCCUAAAGCUCCCAUGAACCAAACCACUAUCAUCGACUUGAUGCAAUCAAUCGUUUGUCAAGACAUAGUAACAAAGGCUACUAAUGAAUGACUUGAAGGACUCAUGACCGCCUACAGACUACCUCCACUUCUUCAAUAAACAAGGGAACAACUCGAUGAUAUUCCAAGAAAAAUCAUCCCAGUAUCGUCCCAUGCAUCCCCUCCUCUUUGAUCACAGUAUUGUCAGGAAACGCAGUACAUCUAAAUUCUAAACUUGGUCAUGUCUUCUUGGAGGGGUACUAAUAACAGAGGCACAUUUGAUAGCUUAGGCUUCUCUGGCCUAAUGUAAAACAGGUGGAUGUACAAAAGUGAAGAGUGUAAAUAAGAAAUCAGCAUACCAUAGUUACCGAAUCAAGUGAAAGAGAUGUAUGAGAUUAUCGAUGUAAUUAAACCAACCAUGUUGAAUGUAGGCCUAGGCAAAAUAACCGGAACGUAACCGAAAUAUCCGAACGGUUCCUAUAUUUUUAUAUCCGAAAUAACCGAACCGAACCGAGAACCGAACGGUUAUCCGAAUAUAUAAAAAUUUUAAUUAUAUAUACAUAUAACAUCACUAAAUAUAUAUUUUUAAUUUAAAAUUCUAUUAAAAGUAUCUAAAAAUAGUUGAGGAUAACUAAAUUAUUAUAAAGUAUCCAAACUACCCAAAAGUAUUCGAAACUAUCCAGAUAUAUAGUUUUAUCUGAAAUAUCCACAUUUUUUUUUUAUCUAAAUCAUCCUAAUUAUUUGAUAUUUUAUCCAAAUUAUCCGAACUACCCGAACUAUCCGAACCCGAACCGGAUCUAAAUGAGAACCAAACUUUUUUCGGAUAUUUUCCGGUUCCUACAUUUACUAUCUGAACCGAACCGAACCCGAAACUAUCCGAUCCGAAUCGAAAAUAGGUCAAGUACUAAAUGGAUCUUCUAGCCCCUAUCCGAACUACCCGAAAACCGAAAUACCUGAACCUAACGGAACCGAUACCCGAAAUGCCCAUGCCUAGUUGAAUGAUUGCUAGUUCUGAUAUAUUUUCAGUGGAAAGUAAAGAAAGAAUUGCUAAUUCUGUAAUUAGCAUAAAAUGAUUAGUACAGGUGAGCCUCAUAUUCUAAAAGUAUGAGUACUUAUCAACCAAUCAAUCAAGGUAAAUUAGCUAUCUUGAAUCCGAUUUUAUAUUCUAUCGGAAAGCCAUUGCUAACUCUGUAAUUUUUCAGUUACAAGAAAAAAAAAACUCUGUAAGUUUCUCACCAUUCAAAGGUCAACUUGAAAAUAAAGAUACAGUAAAGAAAAAGAUGAGAAAUUAUUUUAAUUACAGAAAAUGAUUUCUUCUUUAUUUCCUUAAAAUAAACCUGCAACAUGAAACUGAUCACACUUAGACAUAACCCAAAAAAUCAACCAUGAAAUAUAAAGAUAGCUGAUUUACCUUGAUUUUUAUAGGAGUGAUCGAAUCAUAUGACUUGAAAAGAAACUGUGAUAAUUCAUCUGCAAACUAACUUGAGUCUCUUUACGUCUGUCUUAUGCAAAUCAAAAUUUUUAGCAUUGAAACUUUUUUAUUGGAAAUCUUUAUAUAUAAAGAAGGGUUUGAAUCCCUCCUAGGCCAUCCAGUUCAGCAUCCAGCUAGGAAACUCGGUUCAUAUAAUCGUGACACGUGUCGUCCCUAAAUAAAACUCAACGUUCAAUAAACGUUUUCUUAAACUCUGCUUUUCACGGACAGCCAGACCAGCCGUAAAUUUUUUUAGGGUUUGGUUCUUCUUCCACAAUGAAUCCAAGAGUCUUUUUCUUCUUCGAUCUCUGCAAGGCGGUGUCUAUAUUCCUCUAAAAUCGCUAAUUCAUCGAUCUUUUUUUUAGAAUAGAAGUCAGCCCUAUGUUUUUCAACCGUGGAGGCGAGAUUCAAACGUGGUGGAAAGACUUUCCGUCACCGGCUGAUCCGGAAAUCAAGUGAUUGAAUCACGAGCAGGGAAAGAUGGGUUUGGGUUUGAUCUUGGACUCAACGAAGAAUGAUGAACCAGAUCCAUAUACUCGCGGGUAUGCAUUGAUUUUAAGAUAAGAACUAUUGAGCUUGAUACUGAACACAUCAAGCUCCAGAUUUGGGAUACUGCUGGUCAAGAACGUUUUCGAACCAUCACCACUGCUUUAUUACCGAGGGGCAAUUGGCAUUUUGCUGGUGUAUGAUGUAACAGACGAGUAAUCCUUUAACAAUAUUAGGAACUGGAUUCGUAAUAUCGAACAGCACGCUUCGGAUAAUGUCAACAAGAUCUUGGUAGGGAACAAAGCCGAUAUGGACGAGAGCAAGAGGGCUGUUCCAACAUCAAAGGGUCAAGCACUUGCUGAUGAAUAUGGAAUCAAGUUCUUUGAAACAAGUGCCAAAACAAAUUUAAAUGUGGAAGAGGUUUUCUUCUCGAUAGCAAAGGACAUUAAGCAGAGACUCACAGAUACUGACUCGAGAGCAGAGGAUGAAAAGAAGUGUAACCGGUUGUUUUUGUGACAUGCUCUUCGUAGCACCGUCAGACAGGAGCUAAGGUUCAUAAUUUAAAAGAAACAAAACUUUCUCAUAUUUUUCUACUUCAUAGUGGAUGAGUAUUAAGUUAGCUGGUAAGUUUGAUUUUAUACUUGCAACUCUUAAAUUCUCCCCAAUCUGUUUCAUGAUGUUCUUGGAACUGCUUGCAGUGAUGGUAUGUAGGGUUACUUGACUCCAUGUUCAGGGGAGACUCGCCUGCCUAUAUUCAAGCCCCCCAAUGGAGGGUCUGGAGGACAUCUUGACCAACCAAAUCAUGUGAGAUCACUGACCUAGAUCACAGGUUUCUUCUAAUGGAAAGAAUGUACUCAACUCACCGAAUGAUACUUUGAAGAUAUAAGAAAAACAACAUCUAAUAGUGUACUUGAAAAUCAUAAUACUCCGGAGAAGAUGCUAUUUCUUAUGUUUAUAUUUUAUUUUUUCUGACAUUAUAUGUUACACUACAAUUCUUUAGAUCAAUCUAUUGAACCAUUACUUUA